AACACCAACCCCCGCCACUCUCCCUUCCCCUCCUACCUCCUCUCCCCUCAGCUUUAAUUUUCUCCGACUUUUCCGAACUCUGGCUCAUGAUCGGGCCUACUGGGUACGAGGUCCUGGAGGACCGUACCCUGAUCUCUCUCUACCUCUGACUUUCAGCUUCUUUAACCUGAGGCCCAGGCUGCCAUCACCCGGGCCACCUGGUCCGAUCGUCUUCAUUCACCAGCGUUGACAAUUGCUGUCCUGUCUCCAGCCUCAAUGGGGGAGUGAGAGGCCACUGCCGGCCGGACAUGGGUCGCCCCACCGUGCCUGGCCUGCUGCUGUCACUGGUGCUCCUGGCUCUGCUGGUGGAGAUACACCUGUCAGGGGUCACUGGACUGGUCCCUUCUCUUGGUGACCGGGAGAAGAGGGAUAGUUUGUGUCCCCAGGGAAAGUAUGCUCAUCCUAAGAAUAAUUCCAUCUGUUGCACCAAGUGCCACAAAGGAACGUACUUGGUGAGUGACUGUCCAGAGCCGGGGCGGGAAACAAUCUGCAGGGAGUGUGAUAAAGGAACCUUUACGGCUUCCCAGAACCACGUCAGACAGUGUCUCAGUUGCAAGACAUGUCGGAAAGAAAUGUUCCAGGUGGAGAUUUCUCCUUGCAGAGCUGACAAAGACACCGUGUGUGGCUGUAAGGAGAACCAGUUCCAGCGCUACCUGAGUGAGACGCACUUCCAGUGUGUGGACUGCAGCCCCUGCUUCAAUGGCACUGUGACAAUCCCCUGUAAGGAGAAUCAGAACACCGUGUGUAACUGCCACGCAGGAUUCUUUCUAAGCGGAAAUGAGUGCGUCUCUUGCAGCCACUGCAAGAAAAAUCAGGAGUGUAUGAAGUUGUGCCUACCUCCAGCUGCAAAUGUCACAGCCCCCCAGGACUCAGGUACUGCGGUGCUGUUGCCCCUGGUUAUCUUCCUAGGUCUUUGCCUUUUAUCCUUUAUCUUCAUCACUUUAAUGUGCCGAUAUCCCCGGUGGAUGUUCAACGUCUACUCCAUCAUUUGUAGGGAUUCAGCGCCUGUCAAAGAGAUGGACGUUGAAGGAGUUGUUACUAAGCCCCUAACUCAAGCCCCUGCCCCAGCCUUUAAACCCACCACCGGCUUCAACCCCACUCUGAACUUCGGCUCCACCCCAGGCUUUAGUCCUCCUGUCUCCAGUCCCAUCUUUGGUCCUAGUAACUGGCAGAACUUUAUGCCAUCUGUAAAAGAGGUGGUCCCAACCCAGGGUGCUGACCCUCUCCUCUAUGGAUCACUCAACUCCGUGCCAGUCACCAUCCCUCCUCAGAAAUGGGAAGACCCCGCCCACCCACAACAUCCUGACGCUGCAGACCUUACGACGCUGUAUGCUGUGGUGGAUGGCGUGCCUCCGGAGCGCUGGAGGGAGUUCAUGCGGUUCCUGGGGCUGGACAAUCACGAGAUCAAGCGGCUGGAGAUGCAGAACGGGAGCUGCCUGCGCGAGGCUCAGUACAGCAUGCUGGAAGCCUGGCGGCGGCGCACGCCGCGACAGGUUGCCACGCUGGACGUAGUGGGCAGCGUGCUUUGCAGAAUGAACCUGAGUGGGUGCCUAGAGAACAUCCGAGAGGCUCUGAAAAGCCCCGCCCACUCAUCCACGACCGUCCUCCCGGGAUAAGGCCACACCCUCCACCUCAGGAGAGGGACUUGAAGACGCAUUCUGCUAAAUGCUGUACUCCCCUGUGGACCUCUUCUAUGGGUGAAAAGGAGGCAAGGGUCUCUAAGGGGCAGGCUCUAGCCUUCCUUGGUGCUACCGACUUGGUGUACAUAGCUUUUCUCAGUCGCCGAGGACUGCCUGAGCCAGCCAGUUGUGCAUGGCAGGGAGAUGUGCCAUCUGCUCCUGGCCAGCGGUGGGUGCCAAAAACCAGAACAAAUGAUUGUAGAGGAAAGGCACAAUAUAUCUGAUGCCCAUUUGGGAUGCACAGGGCCCAAGCAAAGCUUCUCAGGGCCUCCUCAGUCGAUUUCUGGGCCCUUUCCCACAGUAGUAAGCAAUCUUUGUAUCAAUUAUAUCACACUAAUGGAUGAACUGUCUGAGGUAGGGGCAAGCACAGAACAGUGGGGUCUCCAGCUGGAGCCCUCGACUCUUGUAAAUACACUAAAAGUCUGAAAAUGACCUCUGACCCUGGAAAGAGUGGUCUGUGGAUAAGAGAGACUUGGCAGAGCCCAGGAUGUGAAAAGUGGCCUACAAAGACCAGCCAUCCUGCCAGCUAACAGCUGACUCCACCCGAUGGGUACCCAUGCUUCUCGCGUCUCACCCUCAUCCAGUGCUAACCAAACAGCCAUGUUUCUGGGCACUUUUAUGUGGGGCUUGGGGGUUUGUGAGACAAAAUGUUCAGUUCUUGACCUCCAGAGUCCUCAGAGCAGGAGGUGCUGCCUGGGCUCAGGCAUGGUUUGAGGUGGAUUCUUGAGGUAGAGUCCAGGGGGAGGGGGUGACCAGCACUCUUGGGGAGACCAUUCCUCUAGGAGAUGGAUCAAAGGGCUUUGGCUUUCCUCAUACUUCUCUGUAAAGGAAGGAGACAAAUGCAUUAUUAGGUCAAGGUCAGGCAACGAGUGGGCUGAUGGGCAAAGCAGAGUGCCCUCCCCUGUGUUGGUCCCUGCUCCGAACAGCCUACCUCUUAGAACGGCCCCUCACUCCCUACUGCCCUUCUGUCCCAUAGUAGUUUCUGCACUUACGAUGUAGACAGGGGCGUGUCCAGCUGUAUGACGUGGGGGCCCCUCAUUCUCUGCAGUUGGGCUCGUGUUAGCCUCCGGGGCUUGCCAUUUUCCGGUUCUGGUUCCGAGGCUCCCUCGAUCCUUUGGCUAGCCAGCUCUUCCCUGAUCUCCCUGAGCAUGUCCUCAGCCCGCAGCGGGCGGGGGCGGAGUCCAGGGGAUAGAAGACUCUCAUCUUCAUCUGAGGAUUCCCAGGGGCUUUCCCCUGCAGAGUCUGUAUGGGUGGGAGAGUGAGGGAGCGGACUCCGACGUUGUGCCCGGUGUAGGGUUUCUACCACCACAUUCCCUGGUGUCAGGGUCUCAUCUUCCUCCUCGGACCAGGUUGGUGGGGCUCUCCUGGGUAGACUGCCCCCUCUUAGGAUCCCUUCUGGCAACUCCGGGGCACUUCGUCGCUGGGGAGCUUGGGGGUCAGGAGGCUGGGGGCGCAAGGGAACGUCUCUGAGUUCCAGGGUGGAGAAGGUGAGGCGAGGAUCCCUACGAAGAGCCUUGGACCGAAGCCUGUUCAGGGGAGAAUGAGCGUUCAUCGGGGAGCUUGGAAUCAAGGUGCCAUAGCCAGAGUCUGAGGUAUCGUCGGGCACGGAGGGCGUGUCUUCAUCUGUGUCUUCAGUCACCACCAGGCGGGGGAUUACUGUGAACUCCAGAGUCCUACAGUUAAGAGCAGAAAGUCAGACUCAGAUGCUGAGGAUCAGAUUGAAGGCUGAGAAGCCUCUCCUAUUACUGCAUUCAGAAAUGUCUCCUCCUCCAAACUUACUGUCCUCUCUCAGUACAUGACAAUGAUUGGCUUUCUCCACCUCACUGGUUAAGAUUGUGUUCCAUAAAAGACCUUGGGUACACUUUUCAUACAGCACCUAUAUUGAAACUGGAAUGUACAGUCCCUGUGCAAGGUCAUUAAAUUUAUGAAGCAUCCCAUAUUCGAAAAAGAAAAAGACCUUGGGGUAAGCUGGGGGUGGUUCCUCGGGAGCAAUGCCGAGAGUUCAAGGUCAGCCUGACUUGCCUCAAAAACAAAUAAAAGCUCGGUUGUGUCUGAGCUACUUAGUCCACA